AUGAAACCAACAAUAGAACAAAUCGAUGGAUCAAGUAAACAAUUAUCUAAACAUCCUAUUCAAUUUACACCUGAAACUUUACGUACACAUCUUGAACCAAUUAUUCACAAAAUGGUCGCUUGGGAAGACUCAUAUCCAUUUCGUCAACCAGUCGAUCCUGUUGCACUUAAUAUACUUGAUUAUCCAACAAUAAAUAAACAUAUAAUGAAUAUAUCAACCAUGCAUAAUAAAUUAUUACGUGGAGAAUAUAAAAAUCCAUUACAAUUCUGUG